AUGGCUGAUAAAGAUGAAAAGAAGGAGGAAGAUGAACGGUUCGACUACAUUUACAAUUAUCUUACGCUGUCAAGGAAAUUGAAGGCUGAUAAAUGGCUGAAAAUGCUAUCAAACAUAGACUUUAAGGAUCUCAUUAGCAAGUUUUUUGGUACACCGACGGAGAUGAUCCUUGUAUUGCAAGUCACACCAGCUGGCCUCUUGACACCUUAUCUAGAAAUAACGCAAUCCAAGAGAAAGCUAACGUACUUCUUAAAGAGGAAACCACAGCUAGUUACCGAGGAUAAUUAUAAGGACUUGCUGAUUCCGGGUGACAUGGCACCGAAUCCGAUCGAAGAAUUGGCAGUUCUUGUGGAGGAUGCAUACGUUCCUAUUCUAUCUAAUCCAAAAAAUCACAUUGGCUGGCCGGAGGUUGCUCGAACAGACGUAAAAAAACAAAUUUAUAAUCUACGAACUCUAAUCUGGCAGGUCAAAGGAAAAAUAACAGGUCAGACCUUACUUCCUAUGCCAAUGGGUAUCGAGGAUAUUCUUCAGCCAGAAAAUUUAUCUCCGACUAAUCCUAAAACGCUGGACUUGAAAAAUAAUAUUGAGAAGAUCGUAAUUAAAUGGGCGACUCAAAUUAAUGAGAUCUUAAAUGAGGAGUUCACCAAGAGGACAGGACCUCCUAUACCAGAACAAUCUGAGUUGAAUUAUUGGAGCAUGAGGCUGAAGAACAUGGAAUCGCUUUACCAACAAUUGAAAGAUCCGAGAGUUGUCAGCAUGCGAAUGUUUUUGGAACAAAUGGAAAGUCCUUAUUCGGAGUAUUUUACAAAUUUGGUCAAGCACGUUGCAGCAUCGCUACUAGAAACCAGGGAUAUUAAUUUGUAUCUGAAACCAUUGGAGCACAAUUUUCGAGAUGUAGAGAGCUGCGAGUUCAAGGAUCUGUCAGUCAAGUUGAAAACACUGUUACAUUGCGCCUGUUUAAUGUGGGCGAACGCAAAAUAUUACACCCUCGAAAGAAUGAUUGCUCUGUUACAAGAAAUUUCAAAUUUGCUGAUAUCUCAGUCAGUGAAGCAUAUAAAUCCAUCGACGUUAUUCGAAGCAGAUAUCGAUGAAAAUAAAGCGAAGAUUGUGGAAGUCGCGCCCGUUCUUGAGAACUAUCAAGACACCUUUCGAUAUUUCAAGGAAAAAGUCGAGAUUUAUUUCAAAGGGCCUAGUGAUCCUGUACUUUGGACGUUCCAUGAAAAAUUAGUUUUCGAUAGGAUCCACAAGUUUGAAAAGAGACUUAAGGAAGUCGAGUCGUUAUUCGACGUUGCUCAAGACUAUUUGAAAUUAGAACGAAUAGAAAUGUCGGGUUUAAAGGCGAGAUCACUGCUUAAUAUGACUCUCGAAAUUUACGAAGAAUUCAAUAGAGCGUAUCAAUAUUUCGCAGAGGCGCCUUAUGAAAUUCUUUCACCCGACGAGACGCAAUUCACUAACGAUUUAGAAGACUUCUUCACAAAAGUGGAGCAAUUUGAUCGACGUCUGGCCAGAAUUUUUGAACAAGUAUUAGUAGAAUGUCACAAUUUAGAUUCGUACUUUAAAUUUAUCUGGAUGAUGGGGUCGAUUGCAAACAGACCUCUGAUAAUGGCACAAUUGUGGUGUCACUAUGAAAACGUGGUUAAAAGAAUCGAUGAUCAUUUCAGCAAAGUGAAGAUCUUGUUCGAUCAUCAUUUCGUGAAAGGAGAUCAACAAAUGUUACGCGCGACUGUGAAUCAAUACUUUCCCCCUGUUGCUGGAUCUCUGUGCUUGUUAAUGAAAUUGCUUGAAAGAAUUCGUUUCCCGGUCGAAUUUGCAAAAUUAUGCGACCAUCCUCUGAUUACGGCGAAAAUGGAAAGCGAGCUCAAAAACAAAUACCAAGAACUCGAAACGCUCAUCGUCGAGAAGGAGCUAGAAAUCUUCAACGCGUGGGCGGAAACAGUUCCGGAAAUUCUUGAGACUCAUUUGACGAAAUCGUUGUUCAGAGUCGGGGACGACAAGCUUUUGGAAAUGAAUUUCGAUGUCGAAUUAACGAAUUUGCUGAGGGAGAUUCGCUACAUGAUCAUAAUGAAGAGAACCGAUCUUUCAGAAGAGGCGAUCAAUUUUUUCGAUCGUUCAGAGUUCUACUUCAGGAGCACUUAUGAUCUCAACUUAAUUGUAACUUGGUACAAUAGAAUACGAAGUGAAUCUGUUCCAGUAGAAUUUCAAUUAAUAGAGGAAGACGUUGAAGAAAUUGACAACUUAAUUAAUUUUGGUCAAGAGAAUUAUGAUUGGAAUUCUCCAGAGGUUAGGGAGUACGUGGACAAUUUGCUGGCAAUGGUGAAACGACUGCACAUUCGGCUGUUCCGAGCGCAGGAAAAUUUGAAAAACAUUAUGGACAGACUAUACCUGUGGGCGAUGACGCCUGUACUUUAUCGCAAAGACGCGAGGGACGAAAAUUUAUUGUUAAUCGCGGACAAAGAUGAUAGAUUCGAGGAAAGAUACACAGAGAUCGGAGACACUGCCGAAGAACUGAAUCGAAUUCUGGAGGAAAAUUAUAAAUUAUUUUUCAACUUGAUGCCGGAAUCAUUUUAUGAACAGGAUGAGGCAAACGGCAGCGAUUUGCAAAUGUUGGAGUCGUCAGAGGUUUUGGAAGAAACCGUGCCAGAAUCGCCAAGUAUUGAGCAUGAGAUCAAAGACGAAUUACCAGGAGAGCAAGAGGAAGCGGUAGAGGAAGAGGAAGAAGUUGACGAAGAAACUCAAGCACUUCGACGUGAGAAAUGGCAGCCCUAUCUCACCUAUGUUGACAACUUAAUUUCGAAGGGUCUCAUUCAGGCUGUUUCCACAAGUAUCUGUUACAUAUUAGAUGAGACUGAUCCUGAAGGCGACAUGUAUCCAUUGUUCGAGAUACAAUUACAUCUAGAGAAUCCUAGCAUCAACUUCCGACCUCGAAUUGAAAUUGAAGAUCCUGAUGGAUUCUACGCCUUUUUCGAGAGUCUGCUACUUGAUAUGAUGAAAAUGGGCAUAUUUAUCCCUCGUAUCAAUCCUGAAAUUGCAGAAGAACAAGAAAAUUAUGCGACAGAUGUGGCAGAUGAAUUUGGAAUCGGUUUCAUGUUAGAGGAAACUUGCAAUAGAGUAAAAAUGGCUUUAGCAGAUCUUAAGGAUCACGUUCAGAUAUAUGACGCGUUCUCUUGGCUGUGGUCGGACGACAGACAGGAGUAUUUAGAUUACUUCCUCCAGUACAGCCAGUUUGUAUCAAUCGAGGACAGAGAAAUGAUCGCAGAACGUUCGGAUUACAUUCCGGAAUAUCUGAAACCAAAAAAACCGGACUUGGCGGAUUUCAAGCUCGAAAUUGAUUAUUUCAUGGAUUUAUAUCAAAAAUGCGAUGAAAUUCCGAACGAGUAUAUCGCUUGUCAGUGGUUGAGAUUGGACGUGAAACCGUUCAAGCAAGCUCUCUUGAAUACCGUUUGCAAGUGGGCCAACGUGUUGAAAGACUACUUGGUCAAUCGCAUCACUACCCAAUUGCAAGAAUUGUCCGAGUUUCUGCAUGCGGCAAUGGAGAAUUUCUCGCAAUCGAUUCAAGAAGAUGAUUACGAAGCACUUUUAGUGACUAUCUCUUAUUUGAAAGAAAUCAGAGAUCGGCAAUUUGAGAUAGAGGACAUGUUUGAUCCUAUCAAGAAAACGAUAGAACUCCUGGAACAAUAUCAAGUGGUUAUAAGUCCGAAAAUUUUCGAGUGGCUGACAGAGCUACCCCAUUCCUGGGAGACGUUGAAGAAAGUAUCUGCUCAAGUGAAACAGAUUGUGCAGCCUUUGAUGACCCGUCAAAUUGAACUUCUGAAAAAGAGACUGAGUUACUACGAUUUCAAGCAACAACGUUUCCUCGACGAAUUUCACAAAAAUCCUGUCUUCGAUCCCGAGUGUGCCGACCCUUACGAGAAAUUGAACAAAAUUCGCGAAGGAGUCGUGACAUUCUUGGGUGAAGAGAAGAAUCUGAAAGAUCAGACGGUAAUAUUUGAACAAGAAAUGCCCGAAUUUAAGGUGAACAAGCAAGUACAGAAGGAAAUGCAACUUUUGAAGACUUUAUGGGACUACGUGCAUGUAAUUAGUACUAGCUUAAACGAAUGGAAGAAAACUACGUGGAAAAAACUGGAUAUCGAGUGGAUGGAUCAAGAGUGCAAGAAGCUUCUCAGGGAAUUAAGACAAUUGGACAAAGAUGUGCGCGGAUGGAAACUAUACACAGAUAUCGAAGCUCAAGUGCGGAACAUGAUGGCCUCGCUAAGAGCAGUGUCGGAAUUACAAAACCCAGCUAUCAGAGACAGGCAUUGGAGAGAAUUAAUGGCUGAAACAAAGGUUGUGUUCAGUAUGUCGGACAGCACCACGCUGGAAGACUUACUGAAGCUGGAAUUGCAUAAGUACGAGGAGGAGGUGAAGAACAUUGUGGCCAAAUCGGUGAAAGAAAUGGCAAUGGAAAAGGUUCUGAAAGAACUUCACGACACCUGGAGCACCCUUGAAUUUGGCAAAGAUUUACACGAUCGCACGAAAUUGCAUGUUCUUAGGAUUGAUGAGGAAACUGUAGAGACUCUUGAAGAUAAUCAGGUACAACUUCAAAAUAUGUUGGGAUCGAAAUUUGUGGGAUACUUUCUCGACGAGAUUCUGGACUGGCAAAGAAAGUUAAGUAACGCGGACGCCAUAAUCAAUGCCUGGUUCGAAGUUCAGAGAGCGUGGAUGCAUCUCGAAAGUAUUUUUAUUGGCUCGGAGGAUAUUAGAAGUCAGCUCCCGGAAGAGUCGAAGCGGUUUGAAAAGAUCGACAGAGAUUUCAAAGAGCUGUUAAGAGAAAUGAUGAGCAAUUUGAAUAUAGUGAAGGCGACCAAUCGUCCAAAACUUUUGGAGAAACUGGAAGAAUUACAGAUUCAAUUGAAUGUCUGUGAGAAAGCUCUGGCAGAUUACUUGGAAACGAAAAGAUUAAUUUAUCCCAGGUUCUAUUUCAUUUCUUCGGCCGAUCUAUUAGACAUUCUGAGCAAUGGUAACAGUCCCGAACUAGUGUGCAGGCACUUGUCAAAAUUAUACGAUUCUAUCGCAAAUUUGCUGUGGAAAAUGGACGGUGGCAAACCAACGAAAACAGCUAUAGUAAUGGUUGCUAAAGACGGCGAACAUAUGCCGAUUCAUGGACCUUGUGAUUGCAGCGGAAAGGUGGAACACUGGUUAAACAACGUGACAGAUGCUAUGAAGAGAACCGUUCGUCAUCACAUGUCGCAAGCAGUUGGUAACUACGAUGAAAAGCCGAGAGAACAAUGGAUAUUUGACCACUUGGCCCAACCAGCGCUCACUGGAAGCCAGAUAUGGUGGACAACCGAAGUGAACAUAGCCUUCAUGAGACUCGAGGAGGGUUUUGAGAAUGCGUUCAAAGAUUAUCAGCGGAAGCAAAUCAACCAGCUCAAUGCCCUGAUUACAAUACUCUGCGGAGAUUUAAAUCCGAGCGACAGAAUGAAAAUAAUGACUAUCUGCACCAUCGACGUGCACGCUAGGGACGUCGUCGGGAAAAUGAUCACGAUGAAGGCGGAAAAUUCCUCCAGCUUCCAAUGGCAAUCACAGCUCAGGCAUAGAUGGGACGAUAAGGCGCACGACUGUUUCGCUGAUAUAUGCGAUGCAACGUUUCGAUACAGCCACGAAUAUUUGGGAAACGUUCCCCGAUUGGUAAUAACGCCGCUGACGGACAGAUGUUACAUUACCUUGACGCAGUCGUUGCAUCUUAUAAUGGGCGGGGCACCGGCUGGACCUGCGGGAACAGGAAAAACAGAAACCACCAAAGAUUUGGGACGAGCACUCGGCCAAAUGGUGUACGUGUUCAAUUGUUCCGAGCAAAUGGAUUACAAGUCCUGCGGAAAUAUUUAUAAAGGCCUUGCUCAGGUCGGAGCGUGGGGUUGUUUCGAUGAAUUUAACCGUAUUUCCGUGGAAGUACUUUCCGUGGUUGCUGUACAAGUGAAAUCGGUCUUAGACGGAAUAAAAAGUGGUAAACCAACGUUUCUGUUCUUUGGGGAAGAAUUGAACCUUAUUCCGACCGUUGGCAUGUUCAUCACUAUGAAUCCAGGAUAUGCUGGAAGAACAGAAUUACCGGAAAACUUGAAAACUUUGUUCCGACCUUGCGCGAUGGUGGUUCCGGAUUUCGACCUGAUCUGUGAAAUCAUGUUGGUAGCAGAAGGUUUCCAAGAAGCCAGGUUAUUGGCGAGAAAGUUCAUAACACUGUAUCAGCUCUGCCGAGAAUUGUUGUCGAAGCAAGACCAUUACGAUUGGGGUUUAAGGGCUAUUAAGUCGGUUUUGGUCGUUGCUGGGAAAUUGAAAAGAGACGAUCCCCAGAGGCCCGAAGAUCAAGUGCUGAUGAGAGCUCUCAGAGACUUCAAUAUUCCGAAAAUCGUGACGGACGAUGUGCCCGUUUUUAUGGGACUUAUCGGUGAUUUAUUCCCUGCUUUGGAUGUACCACGGAAAAGAGACUUAGAAUUCGAGCUAACGGUGAAAGAGUCAGCUGUCGAUUUGAAAUUGCAGCCGGAGGAUGGUUUCAUAUUAAAAGUGGUCCAACUGGAAGAACUGCUUCACGUUCGUCAUUCUGUUUUCAUCGUCGGUUUCGCUGGGACCGGGAAGACAGAAGUUUGGAAAACGCUGAAUCGAACUUAUUUCAAUCAGAAAUUGAAACCGUAUUAUAACGAUCUGAAUCCGAAGGCUGUAACCAAUGACGAAUUGUUCGGAAUUAUUAAUCCAGCCACACGAGAAUGGAAAGACGGAUUGUUUUCAGUGAUAAUGAGGGAUCAAGCUAAUAUGACCGGAAAUGAUCCGAAAUGGAUCAUUUUCGAUGGUGACAUAGAUCCCAUGUGGAUCGAAUCGUUAAAUACUGUUAUGGAUGACAAUAAAGUAUUAACGUUAGCUAGUAACGAAAGAAUCGCUUUAACGCCACAAAUGAGACUUCUCUUUGAAAUCUCCAAUCUACGAACAGCUACACCAGCUACGGUAUCCAGAGCCGGAAUUCUUUAUAUAAAUCCACAAGAUAUCGGUUGGUACCCAUUCGCAAUUAGCUGGAUAGAAACGAGAGAAGCUUCUGAAAGAGCAAAUCUGACGAUAUUAUUCGACAAAUAUGUCCCGUCGUUGGUGGAAGUGAUGAAGAAUAGAUUUAAAAAAAUCACCCCGUUGCCGGACAUAUGUCACGUGGAAAUGCUUUGCAAUCUGUUAGAUUGUUUUCUGACACCGGAAAGUGUGCCGCCGGACUGUCCAAAGGAAUGGCACGAAUUGUACUUUGCAUUCGCUUGCAUUUGGGCAUUUGGAUCCGCGACGUUCCAAGAUCAGUUGAUUGACUGGCGAAGCGAAUUCAAUAAAUGGUGGCAAAUUGAAUUCAAAACGAUCAAAUUCCCGCCUGGAGGAAAUGUAUUCAAUUAUUUUAUCGAGGACGAGACGAAAAAACUGCUGCCAUGGACUGACAAAGUGAAACCAUUCGACUUGGAUGCUGAUAUACCACUGCAGUCCACUCUCGUACCGACCGGAGAUACGUCAUACCUACACUUUUUCCUGGACAUACUCAUUAAGAGAAGAGUGCCAGUGAUGUUGAUAGGUGCAGCUGGUUCGGGGAAAAGCGUAAUCGUUGCUGAGAAAUUGGGCUCCCUUCCCGAUGAUUACAGCAUUGCUAACGUGCCUCUUAAUUACUACACCACUUCUGAAAUGUUACAAAGAAGUAUGGAGAAAUAUUUGGAGAAAAAGACAGGUAGAAAUUACGGACCACCCGGUAUGAAGAAGCUAAUAUAUUUUAUCGACGAUAUGAACAUGCCUGAGGUCGAUACUUAUGGCACUGUCCAGCCUCAUACCAUUAUUCGGCAACACAUUGAUUACACUCACUGGUACGACAGAUUGAAACUAUCUUUAAAGGAAAUUCACCAUACACAGUAUGUGUCCUGCAUGAAUCCCACGGCUGGCAGUUUCACGAUAAAUCCUCGUCUACAGAGACACUUCGCAGUUUUCGCAGUCAGUUUUCCAUCCGAGGAUAACUUAAUAAGAAUCUAUAGCCAGAUACUGGAGCAGCAUAUAAUGAAUCCUUUCAAUAAAUUCAACCCGUCCUUGGCAAAUAUUGCAGAAAGUUUAAUGUCAGCGGCGUUAUAUUGUCAUAAUAAAAUAUCAACAACAUUCUUGCCAACCGCAAUUAAAUUUCAUUAUGUAUUCAAUCUACGCGACCUUUCAAAUAUAUUUCAGGGCAUACUUUUCGCUAACGGUGAGGCAGUGCCUUCGUCUAGCCAUUUAAUACGCUUGUAUGUUCACGAAGCGACGAGAGUGUAUUCCGAUAAGUUAAUCAACGCUGAUGACAAGAACGCAUUUCAGCAGUUAUUGACAGGCUCUCUUCGUAAAUUCAUAUCUGAAAUGGAUGAGACUACUAUCUUCGCUGAACCAAUCAUAUUUUGUCAUUUCGCUGAAGGCAUAGGUGAGCCGAAAUAUAUGCCAAUAAAAGAUUGGCAACAGUUAACAAAACUGUUAGACGAGGCUUUACAUAAUUACAACGAUCUGGUAGCGGCGAUGAAUUUAAUAUUAUUCGACGAUGCCAUGUAUCAAGUAUGUCAAAUAAAUCGUAUUUUGGAGUCACCAAGGGGAAACGCUCUUUUGGUAGGAGUUGGUGGAAGCGGAAAACAAUCGCUUUCCUGUCUUGCAUCUUUCAUCUCAACGUUAGAGGUGUUCCAAAUGCAAUUAAGAACAGGAUAUUCGAUGAGCGACAUGCGGACUGAUUUAGCAGGAUUAUACUUGAGAGCAGGAUUAAAAUCAAUUGGAAUUACUUUCUUAAUGACCGACUCGCACGUCGCCGAUGAAAGAUUCUUGGUUCUGAUAAAUGACAUGUUGGCCUUUGGUGAGAUUUCCGAAUUAUUCGCAGACGACGAAGUCGAUAACAUUGUGAAUGGCGUAAGAAAUGAGGUGAAACAAACCGGCAUGUUGGACACCAACGAGAAUUGCUGGAAAUUUUUUAUCGAUCGAGUUCGAAUUCGAUUGAAAUGUGUCCUAUGUUUUUCACCCGUUGGAUCAACUUUACGGAACAGAGCCAGACAGUUUCCAGCGAUCGUGAACAAUACAUCGAUCAAUUGGGUCCAAAGCUGGCCGCUGGAAGCUCUGAAAUCGGUUUCAGCUAGGUUCCUAGAAGGAUUAGAAGAACUUCCGAAAGAGUAUAAACAAUCGGCGUCGGAGUUUAUGUCGUUCGUGCAUACCAGCGUCAACGAAAUCUCCGCGCUGUAUUUGCAAAACGAGAGGAGAUACAAUUAUACUACACCGAAAUCUUUCCUAGAACAAAUUGCUUUGUACACGAAAUUACUUAUAGAGAGAACUUACGAUUUGAAAGCAAUGAUAGAACGAUUAAAGAGUGGUUUGGACAAGCUGGAAUCCUGUGCCGGUCAGGUGAGUGAGUUAAGAGUUGUGCUAGCGAUCCAAGAAGUAGAAUUGAAGAAGAAAAACGAAAUUGCGGACAAGAUUCUUACCGAAGUCCGAUUCGAAAAUACUAAGGCUGAAGCCGAAAAAGCCAUUGUGUCCGAGGAGGAAGCAAAAAUCGCAGAGAUAAAAGAAGUUGUGGCAGAAAGACAGAAACGUUGUGACGAGGAUUUAGCAAAAGCAGAGCCAGCUGUUCGACAAGCUGAAGCUGCCCUCGAUACUCUGAAUAAGAACAAUCUGACUGAAUUGAAAUCCUUUGGGACACCGCCGGAUACGGUGGCAAUGGUGGCGCAGGCUGUACUCGUUCUGUUCGCUCCCAGGGGACAGAUCCCUAAGGAUAGAAGUUGGAAAGCGUGUAAAGCAAUGAUGGGAAGCGUUGACACGUUUCUCGCGCAACUUCGAAAUUACGACAAGGAAAACAUUCAUGCCGACGUUGUCAAAGCCAUCCAACCUUACAUCAAUAAUAAAGAAUUCGAUCCAGAGAUUAUAUAUUCAAAAUCUCAGGCAGCCGCUGGUCUCUGCAGUUGGGUUAGAAACAUCAUGGUUUUUCAUUACAUCAACGAAACUGUAAAACCAUUAAGGGCUGCGCUUGCACAAGCCAAUUCGGAGCUAAAGUCUGCAAUGGACCAUCUGAACUCUUUACGAGCACGACUGGCGGAGCUACAAAAAGUGCUCGAUGCUUUGGGUGAACGAAUGAAUACAGCUUUGCAAGAGAAACAGAAAUGUCAGGAUGAAGCGGACGCCACUGCCUUAACUAUCGAUCUUGCAAACAGAUUGGUUAACGGUUUAGCGUCCGAAAAAAUUCGUUGGACUGAGACCGUUGAAACAUUGAAAAAUUCAGGAGUAACUGUUCCGGGAGAUAUUCUUCUUGUGACAGCAUUCCUUUCAUACAUGGGAUGCUUUACACGGAAGUACAGGCGUGAUUUGAUGGACAACAAUUGGUUGCCAUUUUUGGAGAAUUUAGAUGUGAAAAUACCAAAGACUCCAGACUUGGACAUUUUGGGAUUACUGUCUGACGAUGCACAAAUUGCUCAAUGGAACAACGAAGGGCUUCCAAACGAUAAGAUGUCUUCCGAGAACGCGACGAUUUUAAUGAAUUCGUCAAGAUGGCCGCUGAUGAUAGAUCCGCAGCUGCAAGGAUUGAAAUGGAUCAAAAACCGUUAUGGGGACGACUUAAAAGUGCUCAGGCUGACUCAACACAAUUACUUAAGCGUCGUUGAGAUCGCGAUCGCAAAUGGAGAAACCGUUUUAAUUGAGAACAUUAUGGAAGGAAUUGAUCCUGUAUUGGACCCUGUCAUUAAACGGGAUUUAAUAAAAAAAGGAAGGGCUAUAAGAAUUUGGGACAAAGAAAUCGAUUACGAUCACAACUUUCGGCUGAUUCUACAAACAAAAUUGGCCAAUCCUCAUUACAAGCCCGAGAUACAGGCACAGACCACGCUAAUCAAUUUCACCGUAACAAAGGACGGUUUGGAAGAACAACUAUUAGGGGAUGUCGUUAAAGCUGAAAGGCCUGAUUUAGAAUCCAAAAAGGCAGAGCUGACCACGCAACAGAAUACAUUUAAAAUAACGUUAAAGGUUUUGGAGGACGACCUACUGCACAGAUUAUCAACAGCAGGACCAAAUAUUUUAAGUGACGUAGACCUGGUAAUAAACCUCGAGACCACAAAGAAGACUGCCGCGGAAAUUCAAAUAAAGGUCGCCGAAGCUAAAGUGACUUCUCUGAAAAUAGACGAAGCUCGAGAAAUUUAUCGCAUAGUGGCAACCAGAGCUAGCCUUUUGUACUUCGUUUUAAAUGAUCUCAGCAAAAUCAACAUGCUCUACCAAUUCUCCCUGAAGGCUUUCAGUGUGGUUUUCCAAAAUGCCAUUAGAUUUGCGGAGGAAGCGGAGGCGUUGCCAACUCGUGUCGCCAAUUUGAUCGACAGCAUCACCUAUUUAGUUUUCAUUUACACGAGCAGAGGAUUAUUUGAAAAUGACAAACUGACUUUUCUUUGUCAUAUGACAAUUCAGAUUUUUAUGCAAUCGGAAGAAAUAACACAAUCCGAGCUCGAUUUUCUUCUACGAUUUCCAUACAUGAUCGAUCUAACCAGUCCUGUAGAUUUUCUGACAAAUGUUGGCUGGGGCGGUAUCAAAUAUUUGAGCCAAAUGGAUGACUUUCGAAAUUUAGAGAAAGAUAUUGAAGGUGCAGCGAAGAGAUGGAAAAAGUUCGCCGAAUCAGAAACGCCGGAGCGCGAGAAUUUUCCGCAGGACUGGAAAAACAAAACUGCUCUGCAACGACUGUGCAUUAUGAGAUGCCUUAGGCUAGAUCGAAUGACUUACGCGCUCAGGUGCUUCGUAGAGGAAAAACUGGGUUCAAAAUUUGUAGAAUCUAGAUCUCCACCUUUUCACAAAUCUUUCGAGGAAACGAGCUCAAUUACGCCUGUAUUCUUUAUUCUUUCACCAGGUGUCGAUCCUCUGAAGGAUGUUGAAAAACUGGGAAAACAAUUGGGUUUCACAUUUGAGGGCAGAAAUUUCCAUAAUGUGUCACUGGGUCAAGGACAAGAACCAGUGGCCGAGGAAGCGAUGACUAUUUCGGCGAACGAAGGACACUGGGUGAUUUUGCAAAACGUUCAUUUAGUGAAGAAAUGGUUGCCUACGUUAGAAAAAAGAAUGGAACAAUUAUCAGAAAAUCCUCAUAUCGAUUAUCGAUUGUUUAUUAGUGCUGAACCCAGCCCAGAUCCUCGAGAAUCGCUGAUACCGCAGGGAAUUCUGGAAUCCGCUAUAAAAAUCACGAACGAACCACCCUCAGGGAUCCAGGCAAACAUUCACAAAGCAUUGGACAAUUUUAGUCAAGAAACUUUAGAAUCCUGCAGCAAAGAAACCGAGUUCAAAACUAUAUUAUUUGCUCUGUGUUAUUAUCAUGCUGUGCUUGCUGAACGCAGAAAAUUCGGUGCCCAGGGAUGGAAUAGAUCUUAUCCAUUCAAUGUUGGUGAUUUGACGAUCAGUGUGUCGGUGUUGUUCAAUUAUUUGGAGAACAGUAUCAAAGUGCCAUGGGAAGAUCUUCGCUAUCUAUUUGGUGAAAUAAUGUAUGGUGGUCACAUAACAGACGAUUGGGACAGACGAUUAUGUAGAACAUAUUUAAUGGUGUACUUGAAACCGGAAUUAGUCGAAGGUGAAUUAUACCUGGCACCGGAAUUCUUGGUGCCGCCUAAUAGUGAUUACUCGGCAUACCACCAAUAUGUAGAUGAUUUCCUACCUAGUGAAAGCCCAGUUCUUUAUGGUCUACACCCAAACGCCGAAAUUGGAUUCUUAACGUCAACCGCCGAAAACUUGUUUAAAACGUUAUUGGAAAUGCUGUCGCAAAGUGUAGGCGAUGCGGAAGGAGACAUGUCGAAGGAGGACAAAAUAAAAAUUAUUUUGGAAGAUUUAUUAGAUAAAUUACCAGAAGAGUUUAACAUGUCAGAACUUUAUGGCAAGGUUGAAGAUCGUACGCCCUUUGUCACAGUAGCACUGCAAGAAUGUGAACGAAUGAACAUACUGUGCGAAGAACUUAGAAGAUCCCUUCGAGAAUUGGAUUUGGGCUUGAAAGGAGAGUUAACAAUUAAUGCUGAAAUGGAAGAUUUAGAAAAUUUUAUAAUGAUAGACGCCGUUCCUCCAUCUUGGACAAAACGAGCAUAUCCUUCAAGUUUAGGAUUAAAUAGUUGGUUUGCCGAUAUGUUAAACAGAAUAAAUGAUUUGUCCAAUUGGACGACAGAUUUUGGUCUUCCUAGUUCAGUAUGGUUGGGUGGUUUUUUCAAUCCACAAUCGUUUUUAACUGCAAUCAUGCAACAAACCGCACGCAAGAACGAAUGGCCAUUGGACAAGAUGUGUCUAUACUGCGAGGUCCUGAGGAAAAACAAGGAAGAAAUCACAUCAGCGCCAAGAGAAGGAGCAUACAUAAAUGGAUUAUAUAUGGAUGGUGCACGAUGGGAUACGCAAACCUCCAGCAUCGUAGAUUCUCGAUUCAAAGAAUUAUAUCCAUUAAUGCCAGUCGUUUAUGUACGAGCAAUCACGCAGGAUAAGCAAGAUCUGAGAAAUAUGUAUGAAUGUCCUGUAUACAAAACCCGAUCUCGCGGACCAACUUAUGUGUGGACUUUUAAUUUGAAAACCAAGGAGAAAGCAGAAAAAUGGAUUCUUGCUGGAGUAGCCAUAUUAUUGCAAAUAUAAAUGUAUUACAAUAAUUGAUGAUUAACUGAAGUAAAUGUUAUUUACUUACUCAUGGAAAUAAUAAAAAUAUAGGGAAAUUAGAAGAGUA